CCGCUAUCCCUGGCCAGUCCAGUACUGCUGGACAAAAGGGCAAACUCGGAUUCUCCCUCCGAGGCAUUUUCGGCUUCUAAGCAGCAACGUCUGAGUGCUGCUACCUCCUCGCCCUCUCUUGGACAAAUACGAUGGGAUGCAUGCAUGAACGCGACACGGCAGUCUCGCUAUAGCCCGUAUCAUCAGCCACUCCAUGCCACCAAUGCCACCAAUGCCACCAAUGCCACCGAGCGAACAUGCUGUCUCCCACAUCCAUCCCAUAUUCUUUCUUUCCCUCACUCGCUGAGCCCGUUUUUGAUCCCCCUCCCUUUUUGGACCUAAUAUACUCUAUCCACCGAACGAACAGUCCUGUGCUGGAUCAACGGGCUGUAUUCGCUUGGCCGCCAUCAAGGACUUGCAACCCAGCGCAUGGAUUGCGAUGUGGUCGUAGCUUGGAAGAUCUUGUUCACAUGGGGAGGAGACCAUGUCGGUUUGAACUGUCGUCACAAGCAACCAUCGGACCACACGUCAACUCGAACAAAAGGUGGAUGGUCCGCCACAUCGGCUGUUGCACAUGCAAGCGGCACACAGUCAGAUGGGAGAGCAAAUCAAACAAAUCAAAUCAAAUCAAAGCAAAGCAUAUCAAAGCAAAGCAUACCAAAGCAUAUCAAAGCAAAGCAAGGGAAGAGAAGAAGAAAAGGGGAUGGCGGAAGGAAUGCUGUUGCGGCCAGCCAGCAUGCAAUGUCUCCAUCCCCUCGGACGUGAAUGAUGAAAUUCCAGCUUCAAAAAAAAAAAAAACGCAACAAGAUGAAAGCAAAAGGCAAAUAACGAUAUACAAAAAAGCAGCCCGGCGGGUGGGUGGACGGGCAGAGCCCCAGAUUUUGAGAUACGUCAAGUCGCAGGCAGACAGGCAGACAGGCAAACAGGCAAACAGGAAAGCAAGCAGAUAGGCAGCCGGGGCUGACACCAAAGCAGGGCAGACCCCGAAUCGCAUCUGUCCUUUGGUUCAGUGGUUGAAGCUGUGGAUGGAAACAAAUAAAGGCGUUGGAUGAG